ACCAUGUCCCGAACUAACGUUCCACUCAAUUCUUCCUAGGAUACGGACUAGCGCCGAGAGGGAGAGAAGGAGAGAGAGAAGGAGAGAGAGAAGGAGAGAGAGACAGAGACAACGCAAGGCAAAAUCCCGAAGCUUUUCCCAAACUGAUCCAGAGUGUAAACAAGGCCCGAUCUAGGGAAAUGGAGCCUCAGACUCAGGCCGAGACUGUCGCUGAAUCCCAGCCCAAACCCGAGAGUAAGAAUCAAAGGGCGUAUUACAAAUUUUGUGGCCACGAUUUGACAAUAACACGGGACCUCACUAAUGACAUCGGCCUCUCUGCAAUCAUCUGGGAGGCGGGAAUCUUUCUCUGUCGAUAUUUUGAAAAGGAGAAAAUCGACUUCACUGGGAAGAAGAUAAUCGAACUGGGAUCGGGAACUGGGAUAGUUGGAAUCCUCGCCAUCUUACUCGGUGCUGAGGUUACGUUGACCGAUCUUCCAGCGGCGUUAGAUCAGAUCAAGUUCAACAUCGCCACCAACGUUCCCCCGUCUCUCCGUCAUCGUUCCAAGGUGGCUGCUCUCUGCUGGGGCGUGGACCAACACAGUUUCCCCUCCGACUACGACAUCAUCUUGGGAUCGGACAUCGUGUACAGCCGGUCCAAGUACUCGGCUCUUCUCGAGACCCUGAAUGACCUGAGUAAUCCCCGCAGCCUCAUCUACCUGAGUAGCAAGAUGAGGGAACAUAUGGGGGCCGUGACCUUCCACAGCUCCAUGGCUCCCGAGUACUUUAACUCCGAGAUUGUCCACCAGGAAAACGACAAUGAUAUCAACAUCUUCAAAAUGGCCAAGAAACCUCCGGCGUCUUAAACAGAGGCCUAGGCAUCCCCUCCUCCCUC